GAAAGGAACACAUACAAAUUCGAAACUGUAGGCAAGGUUAUGAGAGAUCUUCUAGAAUGGAGAAGGCAGCUCGUUUCUGGAACGCUAACGCAUGACCAAACAUGGGAACUCAAAUUGAAAAUCAUCCAGAAAAUUGAUUGGGGAAAUCGGCCAGAGGGACAAUCAAGAAAAAAGAACAGAAGAAAACUCUCACCCAUCAUCUGUAUUUUUGUAUGAGAGAUUUUGGUCACCACGUAGGCGAAGAUACGGAAAUAUAUUUUUCUUUAUAUGAUGCUUGUAAACAAAAAUUCCUCACGGAACGAUUCCUAGUCAAAAUUUCUAAAGACGGUUUCUCAAAUUAUGUGGAAAAAUUACACAGCAAUUGUACUGUUUUCACGGAAUUAGGUAAUGCGGAGUUGGUGAAAGAAAUAUACAUAGUUGCUCAUAUAAUGAGAAUUGGUAAAAUGCUUUAUUCUGAUAGUUCAAAAAAGACUGAUAAGUUGGUAGCUCAACAACAAAUAUUCAAAAGGCCUCAUGGGGUAGCUGUGCAAAAUUUAGGUGAUUAUUUGACUAGUAAGGAAAGUGAUACAGAAGAAAAGGAGUUCAGCAUGAGGGUCUAUCAAUGUGAAGAAAAAGAUUUUCACCAACUACAUGAGUUCAUAAUACGACAAACAGGAAAGUUCAGCGCCCUAUCAGCACAUAUAAAUUAUGGGAUAAUGAUCUCCGUAAAGAUGCUCCACGGAGAGCUCCGAACAAUAAAAGAAGAGAAUACUUUGUUGUUCAAAAAUGUUAGUUUGACCAACAAGUUAGGCUUUCCAGAUGUUAUAAUGCCUGGCGAUGUGAGAAAUGACCUUUACCUUUAUCUCGAUAAAGGAGAGUUCGAAAGGGGAGGUAAAUCUACAGGGAAAAAUAUCGAAGUAUCUGUAGUGGUUUUAGACAGCGAGAAAAAUAUCAUAAAGAACUGUUUGUGGGGUGCCUCGGGUUCAGAGGCUACUUCUGAAUAUAACUCUAUGAUCAUAUAUCACCACAAUUCUCCUGCUUGGGCUGAGAAUGUUAGGUUAACGUUACCGAUUGAUAAAUUUGCUGGAGCACAUGUUCGCCUCGAAUAUCGGCAUUGUUCAACCAGAGAAAAGAAUGAUAAAAAACUGUUUGGGUUUUCGUUUAUUCGCCUCAUGGAUAAAGAUGGAGCAGCUGUGCAAGAUGGCCAACAUGACCUGUAUAUUUACAAAUGUGAAGAUUCUCAAAAACUUGAGAAUUGCGGUUACCUUUCACUCCCAUCUUUUGCAAAAGACUUCGAAGGAAACCAUGAAGCUAGCGGGCAAUUCUCUAGAAGCCACAAAGAAAUGAUAACCAUAAAAACUCUGUUGUGCUCCACAAAACUCACACAAAACGUUGAUUUACUGGCGUUAUUGAGAUGGAAGUCUCACCCAGAAAGAAUCCAGGAAUCCCUUCAAAGAGUGUUGAGGUUAGGAGACGAGGAACUUAUUAAAUUUCUCCAAGACGUUCUUGAUGCAUUGUUUGCAUUAUUUUCAACUGAAGAUGGCAAUUCCACAACCCAUAGUGGUCUAGUAUUUCAUGUGUUAGUUUCAAUAUUCAACCUGUUGGAUGGUUCUAAGUACCAACAUUUCAAACCUGUACUUGACGCUUAUAUAAAAAAUCACUUUGCUGCUGCUCUUGUAUAUAAGGGACUCCUUACAAGCGUACAGCAUUGUGCAGAUUGGGUAGUUUCCUUCGAGAAGCAGGAACCAAUUCAAAAGUGUUUCAAAAGCUUGGAGUAUAUUUUCAAACUGAUAAUUCAAAGUCGUCUUUUAUUUUCUCGCGCCACUGGUGGCCAUUUCGAGGAUAGUUUCAGAAGAGACUUGUUCAGCGUUUUUGCCUCGUUGAAUAAAAUGCUGACCAUAAAUGACAGCCAUAUCAUCAAUACACAAGUUGCUCUACUUUUGGCAUUAAGUUCAGUAUAUGAGCAGCUUAUUGAAGUCACGCCAACAUUAGAAGUGACUAAACUUGCUGGAACUAUGCUGGAUUCGUUACCUAGGGAUCUACCAACCUUAUUAGUUCAAGCAAAACUGUCGUGUAUAAAAAAUAUGGUGAUGAGCAAACUCUUUCAGGACGACGAAUCCAGGAAUAUACUUCUCGUGACCGCUUGUAAACACUUGAGAUACCAUUUAACAAGAUUAGAAGAAUUGAAACUUUGCACUGAAAUACUUGGAGAAAUCACAGGCUACCUUUUCAAGCAACGUAAAUUAAGUGAAGAACAAGGAAAAAUCAACAAUUGUAUUCAUCAUGAUGUCGAUACGUUGUGUGUGGCCAUCCUAGAAGUUCUCAUACAGACCAUUCUUGGUAUAAUUGACAAGGAUGUCAAAGUGUUCCUGUGGACAAACUAUUUUAAUCUGUCAGUCGACUACCUGACGCAGGCCUCUUUGCAACUCGAGCAGUUUUCCGACGUCAAACGUGAAAAAAUUAUUGAGAAAUAUGGCGAUAUGAGAGUUCUUAUGGGUUUUCAGAUAUUGUCGAUGUGGUCGCAGUUAGGUGAAUGUAAACUAAGUUUUAUUCCGACCAUGGUCGGUCCUUUUCUCAAAGUUACCCUCGUUCCGGAAAUCGAACUCAGGAAAGCUACCCUACACAUAUUCUUUGACAUGAUGGAGUGCGAACAGAGAGCCAGAGGAAAUUUUAAACAAGUGGAAUGCGAACUGAUUGACAAAUUGGAUAUUUUGAUUUCGGACAAUAAAGGGGAUGAUGAAUAUCGUAGAUUAUUUAACACUAUGGAGCAUCUGAGUGCUGUUUUGUUAGAUCGAGUUCAGUCCGAGGAUCCUGCGUGGAAAGAAAGUGGUGCAGCAUUCAUAAGCUCCAUAACUCGACUCUUAGAACGCCUUUUGGACUACCGAAAUGUCAUCCAGGGGGACGAAAACCGAGACAAAAGAAUGUCUUGCACAUUCAAUCUAUUGAAUUUUUACAAGAAUGAAUUCAACAGAAAGGAAAUGUAUCUCAGGUACAUAUACAAACUUCAUGAUUUACAUUUAUCAGCUGAGAAUUAUACAGAGGCCGCAUUCACUCUGAAAUUAUACGCUGACCAACUACACUGGAAUAAUAAUCAAGUUGCUGAUCCGAAUUACCCAAAUCACACGGAAUGCCAAGUGAAAGAAUUGUUGUAUAGGCAAAUCAUCAACUACUUCGAUAAGGGAAAGUGUUGGGAGAAAGGUAUUCCACUGUUGAAGGAGUUGGCCAACCUUUAUGAAUCGAUAUUUUUCGAUUACAAGCUGCUCAGCGAUAUCUUGAAAUAUCAGGCAAAGUUUUUUGAUAACAUCUUAACUCAACUCCGUCCGGAGCCUGAAUUUUUCCGAGUGGGUUUUUAUGGAUUAGGUUUUCCUUUAUUCGUGAGGAAUAAACAAUUUGUGUAUAGAGGAUUGGAAUAUGAGAGAAUAGGUGCCUUUACACAAAGAUUACAAACCGAAUUUCCGUCUGCACAAAUACUUAUGAAAAAUACACCCCCAGAUGACACUAUUAUCAAUUCAGAUGGACAAUUUAUUCAAAUAUGCAAUGUUAAACCCAUUCCAGAAUCCAAUCCUAUCACCCUAGCAACUGAUAUUCCAGAAAAAAUUUCAAGGUUUUACCACUACAAUGAUGUAAGAAGAUUUCAGUGUGACCGUCCAGUGCAUAAAGGCAUUAUAGAUAAGGAAAAUGAAAUCAAAACUUUAUGGAUAGAAAGAAUGGUUAUGGAAAUAGCGAGUCCCCUUCCAGGAAUUUUGAGGUGGUUCGAAGUCAUCAGCCGUCAAACAGAUGAAAUUCCACCUGUUCAGUAUGCUUGUGAAACCAUGCGCAAUGUUGAGAAUGAACUUCGGCAACUAAUUACUAUUCAUUCUCUGGAUCCUAAGAGGAAUUUGAACCCUUUCACAAUGAGAUUACAAGGAAUCAUAGACGCAAACGUCCAGGGAGGUAUCAGCAAAUACCAGCAAGCAUUUUUCACAAAAGAAUUCGCUAAACUCUAUCCUGAACAUAAGAUCCAUGCUGAGACAUUGAAAGAAUUGAUAAUAAAUGCAACCAGGGUGAGUAUCAUAUCAAGACGUAAAUAUGUAUUAUUGUCUCCUACAAGUGUUCAACCUCUUCACCAAAGACUUUUAGAAAGAUUCGCUCAACUUAAACAUAGUCUUGGCUCUUUCAGUCAACAAAAUAUCAACAGCAUUGUGAAUACUCCUUUGCCGCCACUACCUACUGACAAGCGACUGUUAAUGGAGAAUGGAAGCAACAGAUCUUCUGGAUCAAGUGGAAAUUACGGUCAUCUCUUCGAGCACCAUACGGCAGAUUAUGAUAAUAUUUACACCAAACCAACGGAAAAUGAACGGCCCGUGUUGAGUAGAGAAAACCUAUCACUGCCAAUGGCCAUUACAAAUAAUGCACCUCCAAUACCUCAGAGAGAGAAUAGACCAAGAUCUCAAGGAUUUAACAAUACAAGUUUUACGGAAUUGAGAACGCCAACUAGAGGACCUCUAGAUUAUAAUAGUUCCAGCUUACCUUCAAUGAAAUCUAGGGAGUCUGACCCAUGUGAUAUCCCUCUACCGCCAAAAUCUACCCAUUCCAGAGAAAGGUCUCUCACUAAACCACCUUCUCCCAGACUUUUGAGGCAUGCAAUGUCUAUGACUCCUACGGAUGGUAUGUCUCCGUUAAGGAAUUCUUGGCCUGAGUCCAGUAGUCUGGACGGAGCACCUCCCCUUCCACCACGUUCACACA